UUGUUCAGCUUACCGUAACCCUGUCUACAAUCUGCCUUUCUAGCCACGUUUUACACCUUCCACAGUCUCCAUUUGUAUCGGUUCACACACAGUAAGCAAGCGCCAUUAUCCUUCUCUACCCCAUUGGCAAACCCACAGCCACAAUUUUCCAAUCCUCCAUUAUCCCUUCUACAAUUUAUUAUAUAAAUACCCACAUCUCCCUGCUCUUUCUCCCUUAUCAUCAACAACAACCAAAUUUCUUCUUUUUUUCUCCCAUAGUAGCAAUCUAUCAACAAAAACAGAGACCCCAUUACAAGAAUCUUGGAAUUUUAGUUUCGGGUUUAAGAGGAAGGGGUUAUUGUAUUUGCAGUUUUGAGGGUAAAGCCCAGUUUAACAAGUUGUAGACAUCACGGCUAUACACAAAGUAAACCGCCGACCACUUUUACAUGUUCCAGCAGUACGUCGUAAGGGUUGUGUAACAGCUACUAACCCUGCGCCGCACGGUGGACGUGGCGCUUUGCCCUCUGAAGGUGGUAGUCCUUCCGACCUCCUCUUCCUUGCCGGCGGCGGUUCUUUCCUCUCCUUCUCCUACUAGAUAUAGUUAUACUUACCGUAGAUCUCUAGCUUAUUACGUACAGUUCUAUCUAGUAUUCUCUUGAUUAUUUGAAGAAAAACACAAAAAGAAGUAAAGAUGAUGCUCAAAAUUAAGAGGGUUCCUACACUUGUUUCUAACUUUCAAAAGGAUGAGGCUGAUGAAAUUGGUGCUCGUGGUGCUGGUUGUGGCCGGAAUUGCCUCAGGAAUUGCUGCCUUCCAGGGUCAAAGCUGCCACUGUAUGGUUUCAAAAAUUUGAGCUACGGCAAGUCUGUUGCCGCCGAUGAAACAAAGGAAUCUCCGAUCGACUUUCUGGAAUCCCUUGUUCUUGGGGAAUGGGAGGAUCGUCAGCAGAAAGGCCUCUUUCGCUAUGAUGUCACUGCUUGCGAAACUAAGGUGAUUCCUGGAGAAUAUGGUUUCGUUGCUCAACUGAAUGAGGGAAGGCACCUCAAGAAGAGGCCAACUGAGUUUCGCGUUGAUAAGGUGCUGCAGCCUUUUGAUGGAAGCAAGUUCAACUUCACUAAGGUUGGACAGGAAGAGUUGCUCUUUCAGUUUGAAGCAAGUGAGGAAGAUGAAGUCCAGCUCUAUCCAGAUGCACCAAUUGAUCCUGAGAAAUCUCCAAGUGUCGUUGCCAUCAAUGUCAGUCCCAUUGAGUACGGACACGUGCUUUUGAUCCCUAAGGUCCUUGAAUGCCUUCCCCAGAGGAUCGACAGGGACAGCUUCCUGCUUGCACUGCACAUGGCUGCCGAAGCAGCAAACCCAUACUUCCGAUUGGGUUACAACAGCUUGGGUGCAUUUGCCACCAUCAACCAUCUUCACUUCCAGGCUUAUUUCUUGGCUGUGCAAUUCCCCAUUGAGAAGGCCCCAACUCAGAAGAUAACCGUCACUGAUGCUGGAGUGAAGAUAUCGGAGAUGCUUAAUUACCCAGUUCGAGGUCUCGUCUUUGAGGGUGGAAAUACUUUGGAGGAUUUGGCCAAUGUCGUCUCAGAUUCUUGCAUUUGUCUGCAAGAGAACAACAUCCCUUACAAUGUCCUAAUCUCCGAUUCAGGAAAAAGGAUAUUCCUUCUCCCACAGUGCUAUGCAGAGAAACAAGCUCUUGGAGAGGUCAACGCUGAACUCCUCGACACCCAAGUCAAUCCUGCUGUUUGGGAGAUUAGUGGACACAUGGUCUUGAAGAGGAAGGAGGAUUAUGAGGGUGCAACUGAGGCAAAUGCAUGGAGGCUUCUCGCCGAGGUCUCACUCUCUGAAGCAAGGUUCCAAGAAGUGACUGCUCUCAUCUUUGAAGCUAUUAGUCUCAGUGUUGAAGAGAAUGAGAACGCCAAUGAUGGUUCUCCUGAGGAUCUAGAUGUCACACCUCCACAGCCCAUGGAGGAGAUUGAUGGUCUCAACACCCAUAGUACCAUGGUUCCCGCCUAGGGGUUUCACGGCCCAGCUCUGGUGUUUAUCGCAUGUUAUUAUUUCAUGAAUUUCCAUCUCUAGCUACCCUUGUGAAAUAUCACUAAAUAAGGCAAAACCAUGUUCAAUGUAUU